CCGACACUCUCUCAGUCGCACGUUUUUCUCUUUCUGCCAUGAAUUGCCCUCUCUCUCUCUCUGAGAGACAGCUCUGAAUUUCGUGACCGUACGUACGUACACACCGGAACCUUCUUCCCCCAAGCACUGCUCCAACACCGCCGAGCCACAGACAGAGGGAGAGAGAGGGAUUACACAAAGUUGAAACCCGUGGUUGUUGCUGGUCUAUCUCGGCCGCUUCCUCUCUUUUACUGCUUUUACUGUUAGUUACACAAUUUUUUUGUUGUUGUUGUUAUGGGGAAGAAAAAGAGAAUUCCAAAUCAGAGCGACACCCAACCUCCCAUUUCGCGUUCUCCUUCUCCGGAUACCAUGCCUUGUUCCUCAGGGACGGAAUUAAUGUCAGAAGAGAAACCUUUGCUUUCUGUUGACGCUAGUGAACUAAAUACUCUUUCACCUUUCUGGGAUAUAAAGGAUAGUUCUACAAAGCAUCUAAAUGCCCAUCCUGCUACUGCACAUCAGCAUCAGAAUCUUGGCCGUUCUAUAUUUUUGAAGCAUUCUCGUUAUCACUAUGGCCAUCAGUACUUUCGGCGCAAUUCAGCUAAUCAUACAAAUGCAUCUUCUCGAGGCAAAGGUGCUUUUUCACGCGAUGAGAGACUGUCCUUCAAGUUGGCCACUCAAUGUAACCCACAGACUGGGUAUCAUUCAGAAAUUAGGGGGAAGGAAAUUUGCAGGCCAGAAAGACUUCGGUCCAGCUCCUUGGUAAUAGAUGCAGCAUCAUCGGAUGCAGUGAAGAUGGUAUGUGGGCUUUGUCAGAAGCCAUUGAGACGAAAACCUUAUUUUCUUGGAGGUACACUGUCUUCUGGCGAACUAUCUGUGGUGGCAGUUUUAGUUUGUGGUCAUGUUUAUCACGCAGAAUGCUUGGAGGAGAAAACAUGCCGUGAAGAUAGACGCGACCCGCCCUGCCCAUUAUGUCUGGGAUUGCCGUCCAAGGAAGACAACUCUGGAGGACAGGAAUAACUGUAGAAUAUAUUCUACUUUACACCAAUGAAACUGAUUAUCUGGAGCCAGGCGAUACAGAAUUGGAUCAGCAGAUGGAAAUAUAACCAGUUGGGGUUUAAAUUUGCCAUACAUUCUAUUGCAACUAUAAUAGUUUACAAAGUGUUGAAGUCCUACAUAUUUUCAGUAACUAGGACUUAUUGCAAGUUCAUCAAUAGGAAGAUCAUAGGGAUGAGAUUAUGUUGUUGAAGAGACAGAUGCAGAUCACCUGUUUGCCUUUGUUUUUUUUUUUUUUUGGUAGGAGGCACCGCAAAUAAUGUGAUUUGAAAUUGUUUCUAACAUCUUCUUCCCCUACUAGUAGUACUUUGUAUUCUAUGUGAAAAGGACACUGAAAUUGAUCGUGUCUUGGUUAGCAGUAGAUGUCCAACACUGCAACCUCAAAACUUUAGUACCGCGAAACGGAUGUGGCGGCCCAUAACAUCGUUCUUGUCUUGGUUUUAACUUUAAGCAAGGCAGAAAUAUCUAAAUUAGAUUUGCC